AUGUGCUACGAGAGACUACGCAACAGCGUGACUGGAUCUGCUCAGGCCUGCUCUCGCAUCUCGGACGAACUGCUAGAAACUAGCAUGCAGAGGCAAACUGCUUGUAUGCAGCCGGCAUUUGGUCUGCUUCAAGCCGAGUUCCUGGUCAUGCAUUAUACACUGAGGGAUCUCCAAUGCGCCUUGGGCACUUCAAAGUGGCAUGAAAACGCGACAGUGACAGUCAAAUGCGUUCAAGAGGUCUGCCAACAGGUUUCGAAUCAAUUCCGAGACAUCAUUCAAGCAAGCCAGAUCUGGGAUAUCGUCACUCCCGACCAUAUCAACGACAAGCUACACGCUUUGGCGAUUACCCUUCAAGAACAGCAGAUGACUGUUGAACUCUUGAUUGUUGUCAUGGCGUUCUUUGAUUACAGUAUCACUGCACCAUCAGUAAUUUACCAGUACAAGAUCCACUGCCAGUAUGUAGACAGGCAUGUCUGCACAUUCCAGGGACUGACCUGUGUGUACAGCGAACUCAAGAGAUUCGACAAUUUCCUCCAUGGAAUCAUCGAAGGCGUUCUUGCUAGACGUGCCAUGAGACAGGAUAUCCUCAAGCUCCGCUCAUCAAGUCAACAAUUGGAAGACAGGCCAUACGAAGAGCUCCCCGAUGCAGACGCUUGGUCCCCAAGUCAAUCCACGGUCACAAUGGGUGUUAUGACCCCAACGGAAAACUGA